ACAUAUAAAUAAUUGAAAAUAGCAUCUAUGAAGUUUUAAACUUUUUUCCGAUAUAUUUUGAAGUCUUUUUGAAACAAAAAUUCAAUUUUUUUUUAAAUUUCUUUGUAAAAAAGUUAUAGUUACACAAUAACUGAAAAUUAUUGUAGUAUUGCAGUCUAUUCCAGAAUUCUCUACUUGUUUUUUGUUUAUAAAUGUAUGUCUCCUACCGCGAAGAGCGUGGACCAAUAGAAAUCAGCCAACUGAUGUUAUAUUGUCCAAUCGAUAUCUCACUGGUGUGCGUCGUUCUACAAACUAGCCAAUAGGAGUAAGCCACGAUCUAUCUGUGGGGUUCUUAUGUGUCGUUAGAGUGUCAGUGCUGUCAGUUUAGCUUUAUUCCGGGUCUGAGUCUAUUGAGAUUUGUAAGUUUGUGACUGGUGUGCAGCUAAUAUUUUGUUGUGGGAGUGGAGUUCUUUAAGAUAAGCAGAAGCUAUCAACAUGAAGCUGUUGAUAUUACUGUUGGGGUUGUCAUGCUUUCUGAAGGCCGGCCUGUCUUCGAAAGAUGAAAAGAAUAAAGAAGUCGGUACCGUAAUUGGUAUUGAUUUGGGCACUACUUACUCGUGCGUGGGCGUGUACAAGAAUGGGCGGGUGGAGAUCAUCGCCAACGACCAGGGCAACCGCAUCACGCCGUCCUACGUGGCGUUCACGCCCGACGGCGAGCGCCUCAUCGGUGACGCCGCCAAGAACCAGCUCACCACCAACCCCGAGAACACCGUGUUCGACGCCAAGCGGCUGAUCGGGCGCGAGUGGUCGGACUCUGCCGUGCAGCACGACAUCAAGUUCUUCCCCUUCAAGGUGAUAGAGAAGAACAGCAAGCCGCACAUCGUGGUGUCUACGGCGCAGGGAGACAAGACAUUUGCCCCCGAGGAGAUCUCGGCCAUGGUGCUCGGCAAAAUGAGGGAAACUGCUGAAGCUUACUUGGGCAAGAAGGUGACGCACGCGGUGGUGACGGUGCCGGCCUACUUCAACGACGCGCAGCGCCAGGCCACCAAGGACGCGGGCACCAUCGCCGGGCUGGUGGUCAUGAGGAUCAUCAACGAGCCGACGGCCGCGGCCAUCGCCUACGGCCUGGACAAGCGCGAGGGGGAGAAGAACGUGCUGGUGUUCGACCUGGGCGGCGGCACCUUCGACGUGUCCCUGCUCACCAUCGACAACGGCGUGUUCGAGGUGGUGUCCACAAAUGGCGACACUCACCUGGGAGGAGAGGACUUUGACCAGCGGGUGAUGGACCACUUCAUCAAGCUGUACAAGAAGAAGAAGGGCAAGGACAUUCGCAAGGACAACCGGGCGGUCCAGAAGCUGCGACGUGAAGUGGAGAAGGCGAAGCGCGCGCUCUCGGCCAGCCACCAGGUCAGGAUCGAGAUCGAGAGCUUCUUCGAGGGAGACGACUUCUCGGAGACGCUCACCCGGGCCAAGUUUGAGGAGCUCAACAUGGACCUGUUCCGGUCGACCAUGAAGCCCGUGCAGAAGGUCCUGGAGGACGCCGACAUGAACAAGAAGGACGUGGACGAGAUCGUGCUGGUGGGAGGCAGCACGCGCAUCCCCAAGGUGCAGCAGCUGGUGAAGGAGUUCUUCGGGGGCAAGGAGCCGUCGCGCGGCAUCAACCCCGACGAGGCGGUGGCCUACGGGGCGGCCGUGCAGGCGGGCGUGCUGUCCGGGGAGCAGGACACGGAUGCCAUCGUGCUGCUGGACGUGAACCCCCUCACGCUGGGCAUCGAGACUGUGGGCGGCGUCAUGACCAAGCUCAUCCCCCGCAACACCGUCAUCCCCACCAAGAAGUCCCAGAUCUUCUCCACGGCCUCCGACAACCAGCACACCGUCACCAUACAGGUGUACGAGGGAGAGCGCCCCAUGACCAAGGACAACCACUUGCUCGGCAAGUUUGAUCUGACAGGCAUACCCCCGGCACCCAGGGGAGUCCCCCAGAUCGAGGUCACCUUUGAGAUCGAUGCCAACGGCAUUCUGCAGGUGUCGGCGGAGGACAAGGGGACGGGCAACCGGGAGAAGAUCGUCAUCACCAACGACCAGAACAGGCUGACCCCCGAGGACAUCGAGCGGAUGAUCAAGGACGCAGAGAAGUUUGCAGAUGACGACAAGAAGCUGAAGGAGCGCGUCGAAGCCCGCAAUGAGCUGGAGUCGUACGCCUAUUCGCUGAAGAACCAGCUGGCCGACAAGGAGAAACUUGGUGCCAAGGUGACUGAUGCGGACAAAACCAAGAUGGAGGAGGCGAUAGACGAGAAGAUCAAGUGGCUGGAGGAGAACCAGGACACAGACACGGAGGAGUACAAGGCACAGAAGAAGGAGCUGGAGGACAUAGUGCAGCCGAUCAUUGCCAAGCUGUACCAAGGCACGGGUGGGGCCCCGCCCCCGGGCGGAGCAGGCGGCAGUGACGAGGACUUCAAGGAUGAGCUGUGAGCAGCACGCCCACAAGACUGAACACUCGUGUUUUUCCAGCAGGUGCAUUUACAGCAGAUCUUUCAAGUGAGCUGUCGAUAGUGGUGGAAACCUUCGCAUCAGCAUUACUUCCGAGGUUAUUUAUUUUUGUUUGUUGGUUAAGAGAAUUGUCUUUUCAUUUUCGAAGAGGCAUUUAUACUGUUGUCACCAUUUAGUGACUGUAUGUUGUAAUAAAAUCUUUUAAUAGUA